AUACAAGAAAAAUUAAAAGAAAAUACUCAAGAAUUCGGAAUUUUGUUUUAUAUUAAUGAAUAAUUAGAGUGCUGAUACCGUGAAUAAUAAUAAAAAAAAAAAAACAAAAUAAAAAAAUUGUGUAUGGGGAAACAACAAAUAUUUGUUAAAACCACCCUCUUCUUAGUAACCCACUAAAUACAACAAUAACAAUAGCAACAACAACAAAUAAUAAAACAUACUUUGUAAAGAAUGUUUAAUGAUUAAAAUUUCUUUAUUUUGUUGAUAAAAUAAUUUUAUACAAUUUAAUUAAAAUUAGUACUUUGUAUGUAGUUUAAUAAUUUGUGGUUUAGUUUACACAUUUCUUAAUAAAAAAUGCAUAACAAAAAUUAAAAAAAUAAGAAAUUUUAACUAAAAACACAUGAAAAAAGGCGAUAAGAGAACAAAAUAAUACACAAAUAUCAAAUGUGCGUUUGUUUUUUCUUAUUAGAUUUUAUUUUCAGCUUUAUUUUCUGUGUCUAAUGUUUGCCUUGGCUAUUUCUUAAGUUGUUGUUGGUUUGUUUUUUUUCAUUUAUUCGUGGUGUAUUUGUCAUCUUUCGUUUUGUGUAUCGUCGGUGUUUUGUAUACGAUAAAUACCGACAAGUGCUUAUUAUGUUUGACCGUGGUCCAGCUAUAAACGUCAUUAAAAAUAAAACAAUCUCUACAGCAACAACAACAACCACAACAUUAAUGAACAGCUUUAGCUCUAGGAACAACAAAUACACUUAAUAUCUUACAAGUAACCGCUAUUAAAUCUUGUUUUAAAUAACAUUCUCCAUCCUUGUCUUACAACAGUUAUUACAUUGGAGUAUUAUUGUCGUGCUAUAUAAUGAAAUUGCUUUGAAUUUCAUAGGAUAAAUAUUUAAAAAAUAACUUGCGUUUGAAGUAUUAAACGGUCAAAAAAAAACAGAAUUCUAUUCAAAUAAGUGAUGACUAAACACGAAGCUAUCGAGCAUGCGCAACAGCUUACUUUACAAUUUCUACACGCUCAGCAGUAAGCUCGAGUUGAUAAAUAAAUGGAUACUGGAAGAGAUUUGUUGCUGUUAUGCGUGAACAAGAGAGCAUUAGGAGAAUAAGAUUUAUUUAUAAAUUAUACAAACUGGAGCUAAGAGGCAACAACAACAACAGCAGCAACGUUUUAGUAAAUAUAUAGAAACGAAAAAUAAGAAAAGACACGAAGGCGACAACAAGUUGAACGAAGACAAGCUCAGAUUAUAAAACAAGACGACGACUUUACAACAACUAGUCAUCAACAUUUAUUUAUAUUUUUAAAACAUUCCUGUUUGUUUUUGUUUUAAAUAUUGUUGUUUUUUUGCAUGUAAUACAUCAAAAAAAGAAGACAAAUUUGUUUAUUCCACUACCAACGAAAGACCAGACAACAGACCAUUGAAUUAAGACCAGCAGAGUAGUAAUAACCAGAAAUUGCAAAAAGACAGCUCAGCUUAAGCUAGAGGAAGACAAUAAAAACAACAAUUCAAAGCAAAAAAGAAGAGAAUAACUCUCAUCUAUCUCAAAACAAAACAACCAAACCAGUGUUAAGCCAUAAUUAUUUCAACAAAAAAAAACACAUUUCAAUAUUGAUAAAAAAAACCAACCAAAAGACCAACUUGAACGACAGCUUCAGUUGGUAAAAUACUCUUCUAACAACAUCAUACAUUAACACUGUGGAACACCGUAACGUUCGACAUCACCAUGGCUAGCAGUAUGCAUAAUACACGCUUAUUAAGAUUCUUAAUUGUCUUAACAAUUGUCGUCUUAACCAUUUUUAUCUAUACCUCAUAUUCAUCAACACAAACUUUAACACCGCCACCAAUGCGCAGUGCUGCUUCACUAGUGGCCCUUUAUUCAACACAAACAAAUCGCAGUAGCAACACAAAUGAACUGGAUUCAAGUGCAGCUAAUAGUUACGAUUCGAAUAGUAAAGUUCCAAAUGUAAAUACAAUAGAUGCCGCCCAUAAAUCAUUUAUAUAUCAUGCUAAUUUACCUCACCCCUCGUUGGGUGGUUCACAUGGUAAUGAAAUGGUUUUCAUAAAGAAAUUAAUUCAUCAUCGAGAACCAACAAUAGAUGUUAAUGCUAUAGAUGAUGGAGGUGGUGGUGGUGGAAUUGAGGGUGGUGUAGAUGGUCAAGGUUCGGAGGGUAGAUCAUUGGUUAAUGCAGCUGUUGAUGAGAAUGCUGCCGAUGAAUUGGCCUUGGAACGUUUUAAUAACAACAACGAUUUAUUGCAGGAGGAACAAUAUGUCCAGGCGGUUGAUAAUACUUUGGGAAAUAUCAACAAUUCAGUAACAUCCGCGGCAAGUGGUGUUGGUACUGGUGGCUUAGCGUCAUCGGAUACCAAUCAGCAAUUAAAACAACAGCAUCAACAGCAACAGACAUCUGAUCAACUGCCGUCGCAGCAACAAGAUCAACAAAUUACUGCUGAUACAAACAACAGCAAUAACAAUCUAAAUAAAAUACCAGAAUCUGAUGUUUUAAUACCCACAUCAAACCUACAAAAAUUCAUAGAAAGUGCUGAUAAGAUAUUAAAAAAUAUCACUGUUGUUCAACAACCCCCUUCUUCAGUGGCACCCGUUGACAAUGUUAAUAAAUCUGGCGAUAAAGAUGAAAUACCACAACCACCAUUGGCCGAUGCCCCAAAUGAGACCAAACAAUUAGUGGAAGAUGAGGAAAACGAUGAAGCUUUACCACCCUCCGUUAUAAUGACCAUUAAGGGAGCUGGCGGAGCAACAGUAGAAAAAACUAAUGAACCCAAACAACCACCAGCAGCCGCAGCCGCAGCAUCAUCAAAUACACCCAAAGUUACGUCCACCACAAAAAAAGUACCAAAAGUUGCUGCCGCCGAUCCCACACAAGGCAUACCAACAAAACAAAUAUACGAAUCGGGUCAUAUGAAUGAAGAAAUCGAUAUUAAUCAAAUCUGUCCGAAUAAAGGUGACAAAUUGAAAUUAUUAAUACUCAUAACAUCUGCCCAAACUCAUGCAGAGGCAAGAUUGAGCAUAAGACAAACCUGGGGUCAUUACGGUACACGACGAGAUGUUUCCACCGCUUUUAUACUAGGACGCACUACAAACGCCACCGUUAGUGAGGCAUUGACUCAGGAAAAUAUGAUUUAUGGCGAUUUAAUAAGAGGCCAUUUUAUUGAUUCCUAUAAUAAUUUGACUUUAAAAACAUUAUCCUCCCUAGAGUGGGUAGAUCAGAAUUGUCCCAAGGUUAAGUAUAUAUUAAAAACAGACGAUGAUAUGUUCAUAAAUGUACCAAAACUUUUACAAUUUCUCGACGCUCAUGCUAAAGAUAAGCGUGUAAUUUAUGGUAGAUUAGCGAAAAAAUGGAAACCGAUACGCAAUAAAAAAUCGAAAUAUUACAUAUCGACGGGACAAUUUGGUGCUACCGUCUUUCCACCCUUUACCACGGGUCCAGCCUAUGUUAUGACCGGUGACAUAGUACAUGAACUCUAUGAGAGUUCUCUAGAACAGCUCUACUUAAAACUAGAGGAUGUCUUUACCACUGGCAUAGUGGCCCAAAAAUUAGGUGUCAAACGUGUACAUGACAAUAUGUUCUUAAAUCGACGUAUUGCUUUUAAUCCAUGUAAUAUACGCAAAGCAAUCUCAGUCCAUAUGAUUAAACCCAAUGAACAAUUUGAUUUGUGGAAAAAAUUACUGGACCAGACCACAAAAUGUAAAUAGUAUUUUAAUUUAAGAAUAUUUUAAAUAAUUUACACAUACAUAGAAACGAUUAUAUAUACACAUACAUACAUACAUACAUACAUAUUUGUAAGUAUUGAAAGAAUUGAAAUAAAUAUUUU